AUGGCAGCUCUACCGCCUUCAGCUCAUAAGCACCAGCACUCCGGACUCAUCGUUGUUCUCAAGGAUCAUGCCAGAAUAGAGAGCGGCUCACCCGUGCAGCACAUCAUUGAUCGUCACCAGUGUGCGUCGAAUCCGAUCUUUGGCUCAAACGUGGAGCUGAGUGCAGAGCAUUCUCACCUUGCUAAAUACCAUCGCGUACAUGUAGCUCCAGAGAAGUUUGAAGAGCCUGUCGCGGAGUUGAAUGCGCAUGAUGAUGUAGACGCCGCAUAUAUUAAGCCGGCUGGCACACCACCUGUUGUUCAGGUUCCGAUCGCUCCGAUUACUACGGCCAUUGCGCAAACAAAGAAUUUCACGGAUCAUCAAAAUCAUCUUAAUCCGGGACCGGUCGGAGUUGACGCUCUGACUGCACACAUCAAGCCUGGUGGGCAGGGAGACGGUGUGAAUAUCAUUGACUGUGAACGGGGAUGGCAACUCACUCAUGAGGACUUGCAAGUCAAUGUUGCCAGUCUUGUCUACGGGGCCUGGGUCAGGGGCCUCAUCAACCACGGCACAAGCGUAGUAGGGGUGGUUAAAGGCGACCUGCAUCCUUACAGAAUCACUGGGACUGCUUUGAAUGCGAUUGUUCGUGCUGCAGCUUUCGGCCUCGAACAGAUGGACUGUGCGGCGUGCCCAGAUCAACUAGCGGUAGUACAUGCUGCUGUCAAAAAGGGCGUCAUUGUCGUUGAGGCCGCUGGUGACGGUGAGCAGGACCUCGACAACACAAUUUACGACGUAAUUCCCUUGAAUCUUGGCAAGUUUCCAGACGAGUGGAAGAACCCAUUGAACCCAAAGAACAAGGAUGUGAAGGGAAACUUCUUAUUAGGAGCGAUCCUAGUAGGUGCCGGUUGCCCACCACCUGAAACGCAUGGAAAUAUCAACACACUUGAUGGAUUCGGAUGGAAGCUCGGUCCUGACAGCUCCAGGUGCUCGUUCUCCAACUACGGUGCCCGUGUCGACUGCCAGGCACAAGGAUGGCAAGUCACAACCACGGGGGGCGGGGAUCUCAAGAAAGACCAAGGUGUGGACAGGUUCUACACAGACAUCUUCGGUGGUACAUCUAGUGCCUCGCCGAUCAUCGUGGGAGUGUUGGCGUCCAUCCAGGGGAUGCUGAAGCAGGCGAGAAGGGAGUUGAUCACGCUGGACCAGGCUGUGAAGCUGCUACGCGAUACUAGAUCGCCACAGCAAGACGGCGCUUUGGAGAAUAAUGGUCCGACGUUGUUCCCCAAGACGCAAAGAACUGGCAAUCGGCCGGACUUAAAACAGCUCAUUGGGGUUCUCAAUCUUUGA